AUGGAUCAUCUCGUCGCCGUCCUUGUGCUGAUCAGUGUGGUUCCUCUAGAGGCUAAGUUGAUUUACAGAAGGCCAUCACCUUGCUCAGAAAACUGUCCUAGCAGGGAAUAUGGCUGCUAUCCUUGCAAGUGUGAUGAGCACACUGACCUGACAUGUCGCAAGGGUGAAUUUUGUACUCUUGAAAAAAGUCGGCGAGGCUAUUUUUAUUGGUCGUGCUACACUGGAACCAGAAACGAGCAGAUUAAUAUGUUUGCCGGAUAUAUAGAAGAUAAGCCAUGCGAGCAUGACUGCAAUAAUGACUCAUGUUCUAAUUGUAGAUGUAAAUUCACAGACAAACUCACGUGCGAGACAGGGGAACACUGUGGAGGAGAAUAUUCCGAUUUGUACGGCCAUUACAUAGCUUGCUACUAUAAAAAUCAGUACGGAAAUUGGGUGAGUACAGGCAGCUGGGAUUAUUACACUUAUGGUAAAUAUGAUCUUUAG